UUAUUUUUCGGUCAUAGAAAAAUGGCGUCUUUUCAUAGGCCUGGUUAAACAUUGCCAAGUUUCUCAGCUUGUUUAUUUUCUGCAGUGCAAUGUUUUUUAGUCUUAAAAACUUACGCUUUUUACCAGUGAAUGUAAAUUAAAAAAGUACUAUCCUUCAAUGAUUUGCAAUCAUAUUAAAGUUUUGAAAACGACAGAUACAGAUAAACGGAUAAAAUAUUGAUUGUGUAUAUGUAGAAACAAUUCAAUGGACUGAUUUCUCAAUUAGAACUAUUAAUCUACGAUGGAAUCCUCCGAUAUUUGUCGCGUUUGCAUGGACGACGAUCGGGAAAACUUUAAAUCAUUGUUCGAGGUGACUGCAAAAUCCAACCUAACUCCCGCAAAAAUGAUAGCUGAUGUUGCAGAAACUCAGAUUGAGAAGGAUGAUGGCCUACCGGAAGUCAUAUGCAGUGAAUGCUUAGCUGCUAUAACCGAAGCACACAGAAUACGAUCUAAAUGUCGGAAUACCGAUAGAAAGUUGCGAAAGAUUUUAAAUUUUGGUAUCAAAAAUAAACCAUUCAUAGAACCAGAAUUUGUGGAGGACUCUGAAAUGCUCCUGGACAACAUGAUACCAACCGAUAUGGCAGAUGAACAGUGGACAGAUGCAACCAUUAGCAAGAACAAUGACACCGUUAAAAUAAUUACAACAGAGGAAAAUUCACAAAAGGAUAAUCAUUUAGAGAUUCUUUCUAUUCAACCAGUGUCAUUCGAGCACAAAGAUCAUGGUUUAGAAGAACUUACUGUGCCACUUAUAAUCAAACAAGAAGAUACACAACAUGACUCUGCUAGCUUAGAUGAAGAAUAUCUUGUAGAAGAAAUUAAAGAUCUACCAGGUCUCCUUAAACAUGUCCAGGUUAUAAAAGCACCAGUAUCGUCUCCCAAAGGAAAAGAUUUAGAAGAAGCCGUUAUAAUGAACUCAGAUGAAUUGUCUAAUGAAGAACAACAGAUUGAUAUUAAUUUUCCGAAAAUUGAAAUUGAAGCUUUAGAUGAGGAACAAUAUGAAGAUUAUGAGGCGAUAGAUGAAGACCUACAUUCUGAUCUACAGCAGGAAGAUACGCGGCCACUUGAUGACGCUAGUUGUUGUGGUUGCCCAAUGGAUUUUUCCUCCAGACAAGAACUGGAAGAGCAUUCUAGGGUCGUUCAUUUGCCAGAAAAAGAUGACAGCGUUGCUUUAAAAGAUUGCUACACGUGUGAUAUAUGUUACAAGAAGCAUAUAUCUCUUAAAGCUUUAGAAUAUCACAAAUCCAAUAGAUUUAAUAAAAAGAUGCGUACCUGUAGACUCUGUAAUUUGGUUUUACAGAGCGCACGCAAACGUCGACAACACGAGCAACUGCAUAAAACUCUUCCAGAAGACUUUGAAAUCAAAUGUUGCGGUUGUGACCAAGCGGUUUUGUUCAAAAAACUUGGUAUCCAUGCCGAGAAGGUCCAUAAAAUAUCGGAGAAGGUUUCACGGUCGAAGUUUGUUUGUGAGGUCUGUUAUUUGGACUGUGGAUACAAGCAUAGGUUGGAGAAGCACCAUUCCCAAAGAGAAUUGUCUGUGCUGCAUAAAAAAAACCCAAAGCAACUUAAGCUGAAAAGAAAAUUCGUGGCCCAAACUGCCCACAUAGAUGGUAAGCAACGGUUCAUUUGUGAUAUUUGUGGCAAACAUUUUUCCACAAAAGGUAACUUAAAAUCACACCGGUCACUGCACGUAACAGCUGAAAAGCCUUUCAAAUGUACGAUAUGCAAGAAAGAAUUCUCCAAGAAAAGUAACUAUAAUGUACAUCAGCUACGGACACAUUCUACAGAUAGUCCUUUCAACUGUGAAUUAUGUGGUAAACGUUUUAAAUGUGACGUUAAUCUGAAAAACCACCUGAAGGUUCAUAGUAAACAGCGGCCAUAUUUAUGUUCGUACUGUCCAAAAGAUUUUGCGCACCUCUCCGACAAACGGAGACACGAGAUCGGCCACUCAGGCAAUUAUCCCUUUAGAUGUGAGCUGUGCAACAAACCGUUUACUAGAAGAACAGCGCUUGAUAGGCAUCGUGAGUCUUGUAGUAAACGCUUCGCGAAUCAAAAGCGGAUAAAUCCAUUCCAACAGCUUGAAGAAGGUGUUGAAGAUCCGAACGCUAAGUCAAGCAUGUUGUGUGAUCUCUGUGAGGAGUUGCUUCCUUCCAUAGACGACCUUGCUAAGCACCAUGCGGAGAAACACAUCGAAACGCUGCACGAAGGAUCGUAUGAAGCAGAGGUGGAAAUUGAAUAAACAGUGCGUGACACGAGAGAUGCAACUUUUAUCUGA